AUGCCCCCCCGGUGGAGCCCGCUCGCCCUCGGCCUGCUCGGCCUCGCCGCUUGCCUGCUGGCUGCCCCGGUGCUGGGCUGCGGACCGGGCCGGGGUCCGGUGGGGCGGCGACGGCUGGGGCGGCGGCAGCUCUCGCCGCUGCUGUACAAGCAAUUCGUGCCCAACGUACCCGAGCAGACGCUGGGGGCGAGCGGGAAGGCGGAGGGGAAAGUGCUGAGGGGCUCGGAGCGCUUCAGGGACCUGGUGCCCAACUACAACCCCGACAUCAUCUUCAAGGACGAGGAGAACACGGGGGCGGACCGGCUCAUGACCGAGCGCUGCAAGGAGCGGGUGAACUCGUUGGCCAUCGCCGUGAUGAACAUGUGGCCGGGGGUGAAGCUGCGGGUGACAGAGGGCUGGGACGAGGACGGGCACCACCUCCCCGACUCGCUGCACUACGAGGGUCGGGCCCUGGACAUCACCACCUCGGACCGGGACCGCCACAAGUAUGGGAUGCUGGCACGCCUGGCCGUGGAGGCUGGGUUCGAUUGGGUCUACUACGAGUCCAAAGCUCACAUCCACGUCUCCGUCAGAGCAGACAACUCGCUGGCCGUCCGCACCGGCGGCUGCUUCCCGGGCCACGCCACCGUCACCCUGCGGAGCGGCGAGCGCCGGGGCUUGGCCGACCUGCGCCGGGGCGAUUGGGUGCUGGGUGCCGAACCGGGCGGGCGUUUGGUGCCUACCGAGGUUCUCCUCUUCCUCGACCGUGACCUGGGCCAGCGAGCAUCCUUCGUGGCCAUCGAGACGGCCACCCCGCCGCGCCGGCUGCUCCUCACCCCCUCCCAUUUGGUGUUCGCAGCCCGGGGGGUGACGAACGGCACCGCCACCUUCCUGCCCGUCUUCGCUCACCGGGUGCGACCGGGAGACGCGGUGCUGGCACACGGGGCCGGGGGGCUCCGUCCGGCGAGGGUGCUGAGGGUCUGGCGGGAGGACGGAGUGGGGGUCUUCGCCCCCCUCACCUCCCAAGGGACCCUGUUGGUUAACGGGGUGCUGGCAUCCUGCUACGCCGUCCUGGAGAGCCACCGCUGGGCUCACCGUGCCUUCGCCCCACUCCGCCUUUUCCACGGGCUCCUUUCGCUGCUCCCCACCCGUCCCGAGGGGGGGAACGGGACGGCCCCGGAGCCGGGGAUGCACUGGUACUCCCGCCUGCUUUACCGGCUGGCCGGGGCUGUGCUGGGCCACGAGGUCCUGCAGGGGUAGGGACCCCCAGCUUCCCCCCCCAUCGCUGCACCGCAGACGAAGCCACAGACUGGAAGUGGGGGGCUCCAACCCCGGGCACCCCCCUUGGACCCAGUGGGGGAGAGACGGGGUCACCCCCCCCCCCCCCCGUGUCCCUGAGCUCAGCGCUACCCACGGGCAUGGGGCGGUGGGAUGGAGGUCGCUGGGAGGGGGUGUCGUGGGUGGGUCCCUUCUGUGUCCCAAGACCCCCGCAGCACUGCCGGGUGCCUGGCUGAACCCUCACUGUCCCCCCGUAUUUAUUGCUUCAUUAACUGCUGCAGGGGGGAUGCUCCGGUUCCUGCCCAUCCCCCAGCUCUGGGUCUGGUCCCCUGUCACCUGCAGUGUCCCCAACCUGACCCAGCUCAGUGCCACAGGGUGGCCCAGCUCUAACCGUGCUAACCGCUAACCCGCCCUGCUUGAGAGUUUUAUUUUUCUAUUUAUAAAUGAUAAUAUAAAUGUCCCCUGUGCCCACCCCGCGGGGCAGGGGGGCAGCCUGCUUUUAACCACUUCUCUUUAAAAAAAGAAAAGAAAUACUACUAUUUAAUUGUUUGGAUAAAUAAAAGAGAUUC